GGCGGCCGGGCGGCCGGGCGGGAUGAGCGCGGGCGCGGACGGCGGCGGCGCUGUGGCCGAGGGCGGCGGCUUCGUCCCGUCGGCGCUGGGGACCCGGGAGCAUUGGGAUGCUGUCUAUGAGAGAGAACUUCAGAUGUUCCAAGAAUAUGGAGAUACAGGAGAAAUCUGGUUUGGGGAAGAGAGUAUGAAUCGAGUUAUAAGGUGGAUACAGAAACACAAGAUUCCACUGGAUGCUUCAGUGCUUGAUAUUGGAACUGGAAAUGGUGUUUUCCUGGUUGAACUUGCAAAACUUGGUUUCUGUAAUAUUACUGGAAUUGAUUACUCUCCUUCUGCAAUUCAGCUUUCUGGAAGUAUUAUAGAGAAAGAAGGUUUAUCUAACAUUAAGUUGAAGGUAGAAGACUUUUUGAAUCUUUCCUCAAAGCUAUCUGGAUUUCAUAUUUGUGUUGACAAAGGGACUUUUGAUGCCAUAAGCCUUAAUCCUGACAAUGCGACUGAGAAGAGGAAGCAGUAUGUGAAAUCGCUCUCUGAGGUGUUGAAAGUAAAAGGCUUUUUUCUAAUAACCUCUUGUAAUUGGACCAAGGAAGAGUUGCUGGAUGAAUUCUGUGAAGGAUUUGAACUUUUUGAAGAGCUGCCAACACCCAAAUUCAGCUUUGGAGGCAGAUCCGGGAACAGUGUAGCAUCAUUGGUUUUCCAAAAAACUUGAGAUUUCUUGGACAAAUUCAGAUAGCUUUCUAAAAGAAGUGAUACAGAAAAACAACCUGUCACAGAAAAUGCAAGUUCAAAUAAAUGCUUAGUAAGUAUGCAGCACACAUAUGUCGGAAUACCUGUGAAAAAGAAAUCAUUUAAAAAAAAUCAUGAGCAUGUGAGUGGGUUGCUUUUAGAGGCUAACCAAGAUUAAUUCUGAAUAUUAUUUUGUAUUUGAGAUAUGAAUAUUUUUAUUUUUGCCUGGUAUAAUGUCCUGUAAUUGCUAAACAGUUAAAAGCUUUAAAGUAGUAAACAAAUUCACAAAAAGCAUGUAUUCUUAUUUUUUUUGCCUUGAUUAAAAUUGAAUAGUA